ACUAGAAGUGUGGAGGGUCAUUAUUGUCCAAAGAAAAAUAAGCGCUCAUGGGUAAAAUAGUACUUUCAUCCUUUUCUUUUAACCCUACCCCCCUCUACGUUGCCGGCCGCUCGCCCUCCCCUCGAUCAACCGGCGUCGCGCCGCCGCCUCGCUUCCGCCGCCACCGCCACUGCCUCUGCCGCUUCACUUCUCGUCUGGACGACGCCGGCCUCCUCCCCCAAUCGCAGCCGCCGCCGCUCGCUUCUCCUCUGGAGUCUGGACAAACUCCUCGUUCCCACGUGUCCCCAUCGUUCCCCGUCCCUGCUGCCUCCUCUCGUCCCCGAUCCCAGUCCCCAGAGGCGUCAAUCGGAAGGAGCUCGAGGGCGGCGCCGACUCCGCGUGCAAGACCUGCACGAUCCACCAGCGCCCAAGCUUCGUCCUCUCAGUCUCCUGCGCCGUUCGUCCUUCCGUCCCCGCCAUCGCUGCCUCAGGUCAUCCCUGCCGUGGCCGAGCGGCGGUGGUUGGGCAAAAUGGUGGCAGAUCCGCGACUAGAUGCCGGUGAGGAGGUUGCGGAUCAGCCUUCUUUCAUCCCAUCACACAGGAGAAAUUAGAGGCAAACCAGAUGCAAAGCGAGGUCCAAGGAGUGCAAAGCAAGGUCCAAAGGAGUGCUGUCCCAUAUUACCUUUGUGCGUUCUUUGAUGUUGGCUUGAAAUCUGGGAUAAAGUUGUAAUCUUUGUACAUAAGUUGGGACCUUGAAUUAUAUUGUGCAAUUUUAGAAGUCAUGAUUUUAUCUGACUUCAACCGUGCUUUA